AUGUCUGACAUCAAAGAUAAGGUCUCCCAAGAAGUCGAAGAAACCCACAAAAUCAGAAUCACCUUGACCUCCACCAACGUCAAGAAAGUUGAAACUGUCUGUAGCAACAUCAAAAAGAAUGCUGGUAACUUCAACAUCUUGUCCAAAGGUCCAGUUAGAUUACCAACCAAAGUUUUGAAGAUCACUACCAGAAAGACUCCAAAUGGUGAAGGUUCUAAGACUUGGGAUUCCUACGAAAUGAGAAUUCACAAGAGAGUUAUUGACUUGCAAGCUCCAGCUUCCACUGUUAAGAAAAUUACCAACAUCACUAUCUUGCCAGGUGUUGAUGUCGAAGUUACUAUUGCUGCUUAA